UUUGUGUAUUGUGGCACGAUGGUCUUUGUUUGUUUUACAUCAUUGCCCUUUGUUCCUCCCGGUCACUGCAAACACAAUGGAUAUUGUAUCUACAGCCACAAAGAGAAGCUUUUUCUUCAAGACCCUGAAGCCAGUUUUUCACCACCAUCCCUAACUGGCCCGGUGACGCCUGUGACUGCUGGAGAAAGAGGGCUGGACCAGAUUUAGUAAGAACUAAGCUCUGAAGUGUUGGCACAAGCAGAAGAGCUUUCACAUACGAAUGAAAUCAGCGCAGAGAGAAUUAUUGUACAGUAGCAAUACCUUGUAGGCAGCACUGUACAGCACUGCUUGGCACUGGGAUCUUUCUCGUUGUGGAGUACAGCAUCUGAGGCAGCAAAUGUUUCCGGUCAGGCAGCCUUGGCUUUGCAAAGCCUUAGGUUGUUAUGAUUGCUGUAUCCGGUGCAUUGGGGCAGUGCCCUACCCAUCCUUGGUGGCAACCUUGCUGUGCUAUGCUGGCAUGGCAUUAUUUUGUGGCUGUGGGCAUGAAGCGCUGGCCCAGACUGAAGUCCUCGUUGAGACUUACUUUGCCCGCAACGUUCAGGACUAUGUGGUCAUGGCCUCUUUUAUCAAAUACUUCCAGUAUGUGAUCUAUGGUCUGGCAUCAUUUUUCUUCCUCUAUGGUAUCCUGCUGCUGGCCGAGGGUUUCUACACAACAAGUGCGGUCAAGCAAACCUUUGGUGAAUUCAGGAGUACCCAGUGUGGCCGCUGCCUCAGCUUGACGUUCAUUGUGGUGACAUACAUCUUGGCCUUCAUCUGGCUGGGAGUGUUUGCCUUCACUGCCAUUCCAGUCUUCUUCUUGUUCAACAUGGAGCAGACGUGCCACAACAUCAACAUCCUGGCUGAAACUACCCCCAGCAUUAAUCAGCAUGGCUGGGUUUGCAUGGACGCCAGGCAGUAUGGUCUGCUUCCUUGGAAUGCAAUGCCAGGCAAGGUCUGUGGAAUGUCCUUGGCAUCUAUCUGCAAAGCCAGCGAAUUCUAUGUCACCUAUGACUUGUAUAUAGCUGCAUUUGCUGGGGCUGGGAUCACUCUCUUAGCACUGUUCCUGUAUCUGGUUGCCACCACCUACAACUAUGCAGUCUUGCGGUUCCUGGGCAGAAAAGGAAUCCGCUAAGUGUCCCAUUCAUCACCAUCAUCUGGCUAUGAGAUGGACAGUCAUCACAUGCAACACUUGAUUUAAAUUAUAUUCUUCCAUAAAACAGCAACUCUGAACCUGGAUUAUAUGUUUGUUUGUUUUCUUGUGUCACUUGUUUCCCAUCACUGUUAUGUACGAACAACAGACAGAGAGAUGAAGCUAAUUCACACCUGGUAAUGAGCUUUGGCCUGCUCCACAAGUCAUCCUCUCAGAUGAUUCUCUUAGCUUUGUUGUUUAUUUUCCUUUUGCAGGGUGUAUCUCUUAUUUUAUGCUUUUUGUGUGGCUUCACUGGUGCUCGUUGUGAUGUAUGACGUUUCAUGAAUAAUUAAGAGCAAUGACAGCUUGCUUUGCAAGUCAUAACUGUGCACACUAUUCAGUGUUUACUGAUGCACAUAUUGGUUCUGAAUAUGGUUUUGCUGCUGCCUAGUUGUCACCAUUUUGCAUAUCAACAGUGUGGAACUAAAGCAGGUAAAGUUGAAUGUACCACAGUUUCCCUUGCAGCUUUUCAUUUCACAACAUAUUUACUAUACAUUCUUUCACGACUCAUUUUUGCUUUGUUUAAAUGACACUGUAUGUAAGAACGUGUUCUGGUUAUUACUUAGAAUAUGUUACAAAAGGGUUGGUAACCGAUCUCCAACUAAUUAGUCUUGUGUGUGCUUGCUUGUAAUUAAGGCUUAUUAAACCACUUAAAUCUUA